AAAUACUAGCUGAAGAGAAAGUAGCAGGAAAUAUGUUUUAUAUCUGUGGUAGCAGUUUACUUGUUGAAUGACAAACUUUUUUGUGUUUUAUUGCUCAUUUGAUUAAACAAAUAUUUACCUUGAUAUAGGAUAUCGUAAUAAUAUCUUCGUUAAUACAUUGCAUUUGGACUGAGAGGAAAUGCGGGACCGAACUAAGGAACUUGGAAAUACCGCAGAGGCGUCAGACGAGGAGGAAGAGGGCAGGGCCCUUAUGGUCAAACCGGGGAUUUCUACAGUGAAGGAAGAGAAGAAUGAUGCUUUUUUCAAGAAGGUCCAAGAGAUUCGAGGGGUAAUGGAGAUGCUUAAAAAGGUGGUCUCUGACCUUGAGAACAAACAGAAGACAGUGUUGGGUGUGGCACUGCCAGAGGACGGUAUGAAAAGGGAACUCCAAACCCUUCGGGAAGAAAUCAAAACAAUGGCAAUGCAGAUCCAGAAGAAACUGAACACCAUUGAACCCAAAAAAGGAGAUGAUGAUGGGAAAUACGUUCCCAUAAACCUAAGGAUGCAGAGAGCACAACAUGGUGUCUUGUCUCGAGAGUUUGUGGAGUUGAUGGGCCACUGUAACAUCAUCCAGGCUUCCUACAGAGAUCGCAACGUGGAGAGGAUACAGAGGCAGCUCAGAAUCACGGGCACCAAUGUUACAGAUGAGGAGUUGGACGGUAUGCUUGAAAGUGGACAGACUGAUGUUUUUACACAGAAUAUCCUGAUCGACGCUAAAGCCACUAAGCAGGCGCUGAAUGAGAUUGAGUCCCGGCAUGACGAGAUCCUUAAACUGGAAAGGAGCAUUAGGGACCUGCAUGACAUGUUCCAAUACCUGGCCAUGGAGGUGGAGGCUCAGGGGGAGAUGGUCAACCGCAUUGAAGCCAACAUCAUCAAUUCAACUAACUAUGUGGAAAAGGCAGUGGCAGACACUGCGAAAGCUGUCACCUACCAAAACAAAGCACGCAAGAAGAAGAUAUGGAUUGCGUUAUGCUGUGCCAUUCUCCUCCUCAUUUUAGCCAUCUCAUUGGCUAUCAGCUUCUCCUGAGAUCCUGAUAAAUUCUUCCUUGCAGUGUCAUCUUCCUCUAACCCACUUUUGCCCUGGGACCUUGAAAAGAAGAGAAGUCCUGUCUUAUUGAUAUCACUGACUUCUUAACUAUCGAUACCCUGGCACAGACCGGGAGGCACACAUACACAAACAGCCAUUGUCUCUCAUGCUCAUACGUUAACUGCCCCACUUUCAGCAAAAAGCAAUGCUGAAGUUGUUUUUGGCUCUCUCUGUGGUGCCCUUUUCUUCAAUGGCACCCUCAAUGAAAAUGUGUGGACAACUUGUUACUUACUCAACUUGUUGGACCCCUACGUGUCCCCAAGGAAGAAUGCAGUAUUUGAACCGACACUGACAAGAUUUGCUCAGGAAAACUAAAGUGCUAAAGUGAUUCUUAUUGUAUUAGUCUUGUAUUAGUACAAAGCGAAAGAAAACAUUUUAAGCGCUUAGGGCUUCUUGUUUUUAAAUGCAGAUCUAGAAUAAUAUAAUUGUAUAUCGCCAAUUUAUUAUUUGGUGAGUAAUUAAGACGUGCAGUUAUCAAAUUUGAAAGGUGUCUGAAAUGGGUUCCAUGUGACCCUUGUAUAUAGAGAUCUUUUAUAAAGAAUUGGCACUUGAGAUUUCUCUCCCAUUAGAAUGUUGUCUAAGCACUGCCUCAAAUGGCCCACUGCCUCCAUGUUGUCCUAUCCACUUCAGUAUUUAUUUAUACUUUUAAUAUUAUGGAAGCUGCUAUGUUUAGUCUUGCCACAGUAAUAGGAACCCUUAUAGUUAUGGUGCCUUUUUUCCUAAUUAACAUUUUCUUGUGUUUGCGGACAUCUAAGGGCUCUGUCUGAGAUCAUGGAGUAGCUCACUACCUUAUUUUAAAGAAGGGAUGGAAUCUGUGCUCUAAUUAUUCAAUGCUCUUCUGCUUCAAGAACUCAUUAACCAUUUUAUAUCAAAAAAAAAUUCAAACCGUAAAGAGAUCAGCCAUGGUACUUUACCCUAGCCUUAAUUCUCUGUGCUGACUAGCUCCUCCCUAUGAAGUGACUAGAGGAGCUAAAUACUUGUACAGUAUUUGGCGAAACACAUUAUGUGGCUGUUGAAUUUUGUAUCAAAUGUUCAGCAAUUUAAACAAAUUAAAUGGGUUUAACUGUUGCCCAGAUUAAAGUUUGCAGAGUAUG